AUGGACCAGCGCCACGACCAGUCAAACUUGCGCCAGGGCGGUGUGAUAUCGGGAUCGGCUCCUCCUUCCGCAGGUGCCGAAUCAGCAGAUCAGCUGGAAGCCACUAGCUGGGUGGGUCCGCCGCCUCCUGCUCAGGUGAUCAUGACUGGCAUCCAUGUCCAUAACUCCGUAGGACUUAGCGGCGGGUCCAGUGUAACCAGUCUGCAGCCAUACGUUCCCGCCCGGUCCCUCACAAUCAUCUUUUUGCGAGCCCUGACAUAUUUUCUAGCGAUGGUGAUGGAUGCUGAACAGCCGAAGGCAGGUGGAGCCACUCCUGCUGCCGAAACGGGAAUUGCGCAGAAGCUCUCGCAUGGGUUAGAGCGCGUACAACCCCUUGGCGCGCCAACCUCCCAGGAGACACCCAGGGACACGGCAAGGAUGAUGCUAAGAGAAAUUCAGUCACCCAGGCAGGAUCCUUUAGAUAUGGACGAGCUACCGAUAUAUCGCCACGCCGUUUUAACCAUGGGCACGGCUAGCGCCUAUGGGUAA